AUGACGCAAUCUAACAUCACUGCCCAAUCCCUGCCGUCGGAAGCCGAGUCGCCACAAAGUGCUCUCGGCGAGUCCCCUGCGGCACCUGUGAAAGGUGAGACAUGCGGCGUCGGCUCGCCCCUGAUCGCCUGUAUAUCAAGGACUCGGGCUUAUUGUAUCAUCCUCAUACAUUCAGGCGAGUCAUUUGCAAGCCUCAGCGAGCUGUCUGCCGAGGGGCUGCCACUUCCCCUGGAGGUCGCCGAAGAAAGGCUGGCCGCCAUGGGCGCACACAAGGUCUUCGAGAAGGUGGGCCUCAAGGGGGAUGGGGCUUGCAACCUAGAUCGCUACGCCGAGUCCUGCUUCCCCUCCAUCCCGGACCAGACCCCCGUCUCCCUGGAGGUGCACGAUGCCGCCUGCCCGGGCAUGGUCCACUCCCUGCGCAUGCGCUACUGGAGCAACAACCGCGGCCGGAUGUACCUGCUGGAGGAGACCGCGCCCAUGGUCGCCCUGCACCGCCUCACGGUGGGAGACGUGGUCGUCUUUGGGCAGGCCAAGGACGGCAGGCUGUGCGUGGUCGGGCGCAAGGGCCUGCCGACAGACCGCAUGCGGCGCCGGGUGUCGUCCCCCGUGCCCCCCCGGCCCGCAGUCCCCAGCCCCACCGGGGACAAACGGGCGCAUGGCGUGGGUUCAGGCAGCCGGGGGCUGUCCUCCAAGCGUCAGGCGACCAGGAAGAUGAACUCCCUGUAUGACUACUGGGCCGGCUUCUCUCUGCCGCCGCGCACCGACGGCGUGUUUCGUGCUGUGUAUGGCGGAGCGAUGGGCGGACCCCAGGACAACAAGGCAAGACGGUUCCUGGAAGUCACACAUGUGUCGGCUCAGCAUGGAGCCUGGUCCGUGACCGUUUCCGUCGCCGACGAAGUGUUCCAGGCAUUCUUCGAGGACUACGACACGGCCUGUGCCCAGUUCAACGCCUCUGUCCAGGGCACAUGA